GCCACUUCUGUAACUGUCUUGGACUGACCUGACUAGCACAGCAGGUAGGUCUUACUAGCACGGGGAUGGCCUGUAAUGUCCCUGUCCGGGACAGAUGAAGGUUUUCUGCAGAGGCUAUUGCACUGACUGAGGAGAGGACUCCUCCUCCAAUAAAUUUCCUCUGACGUGGAGACGUGGAGACAUGGCUGUGUUCAAGCAGCAGAAGGUGGAAGACCUGUACAUCAUAGCCGAUGAGCUGGGAAGUGGACAGUUUGCCAUUGUAAAAAGAUGCAGAGAGAAGAAGACUGGGGUCGAUUACGCUGCCAAGUUUAUCAAGAAGAGACAAAGUCGUGCCAGUCGUAGAGGAGUGACGCGGGAGGAGAUAGAACGUGAGGUGAACAUCCUGCGGGAUGUUCAGCAUCCUAACAUCGUCACUCUGCAGGAUGUGUAUGAGAACAAGACUGAUGUGGUCCUCAUCCUAGAGCUUGUUUCUGGAGGAGAACUCUUUGAUUUCUUGGCUCAGAAAGAGUCUUUGAGUGAAGAAGAGGCUACAAGGUUCAUCAAACAGAUACUAGAAGGCGUGAACUAUCUGCACACUCGCAAAAUUGCACAUUUUGACUUAAAGCCAGAAAACAUUAUGCUGUUGGAUAAAGCAAUUGCUGUACCCCAUAUAAAGCUCAUUGACUUUGGCCUAGCACAUACAAUUGAAGAUGGGGUAGAAUUUAAGAAUAUUUUUGGCACACCAGAAUUUGUCGCUCCUGAAAUAGUGAAUUAUGAACCACUAGGACUGGCUGUAGAUAUGUGGAGCAUUGGUGUGAUCACAUACAUAUUGUUAAGUGGAGCAUCCCCAUUCUUGGGGGAGAACAAACAGGAGACCCUUUCCAACAUUACAGCAGUUAACUAUGAGUUUGAUGAGGAAUUCUUCAGCCAUACGAGUGAUUUGGCCAAAGACUUUAUCAGGAAGCUGCUUGUGAAGGACACAAGGAAGCGCCUUACUAUCCAGCAAGCUAUUUCACAUCCGUGGAUAACAACACUUCAGUCCAAAGAGGAGAACAAAAUUCAUGAUACCAAGAGGACUGCCAUGCGGAAACUGAAGGCUAAGAGAUUAAGGGAAUAUACAAUGAAGUCUCAUUCCAGCAUGCCACCCAACAACACAUAUGUUAAUUUUGAGCGCUUUGCCCAAGUAGUGGAAGACCUGACUGGUGCAGAAAAAGAACUCAGCUCGUUGGCGACAAACUCUGAUUCCCUCCAGGAGGAUAUAGAAGCUCUGAUAUCUAUCUACAAUGAAAAGGAAGCUUGGUAUAAAGAAGAGAAUGAGAAUGUGAGACAUAGUCUUUCUCAGCUCCGAUAUGAGUGUCGUAAAGUGGAGUCCACGAAGAAGAACCUUAAUCAUGACAUUCACUUUGUAGAAGCCAGUGUCGAAAGUGUUGCUGGAAGGUACAGGGAUCUAGAGUCACGAUAUGAAUCUCUGAGCAUAGAAAUUACAGAGGACCUUAAAAGGAUUCAAGACUUAGUAGAUGGAUUCCCAGAAGGAAAUGCUUGUUAUGGAUGUGGUAACUUUGGUACUGUAUUCAACAGAGAUAUAAGUGAGUCAUUCAUGAAUCUUCUCAAUGGAUCAUGCAGCGAAGAUCUUUUAGAACGCCUAAACCUCAGAAACACAGACUUUAGGUUGCAAUAGACCCUAUGAUAAUUGUGUAAUGUGUUCAUAUGUCGAAAAAAAUGUUACAUAUUUGCUUAUAUAUAGAUAUUGUGUAUAAAACGGAAUCUAUUUUCUAGACUAUUUAUUACAAUUAUAUCUUGAUACAUGUAAUGUUGGCUACACACUGUACUUAGUCCAGAAUUACAUCUUCCCCUAGCAAUGACCUGCAAAAUGAAUCCAAUUUAAUUCUAAUCAUUUUCAAGUCUGCUGCUACUGAUAGCCUAAUUACAACCACAGAUCAUUGUGUAUAUAUAUAUAUAUAUAUAUAUAUAUAUAUAUAUAUAUAUAUAUAUAUUCAUAUUGUACAUAAAGUCCAGACUGCAGACAACAUAAAGCAGGGAGAGGUGAGUAGAUUGAUAUACUGUAGUAUAUACGUACUGUAAUUUUGGGGGAAAAGUAUAUCUUGUAUUUAGCUAAUUUAGGUACCUGCUCUUGCUAUACAGAGGAGUCCAGUGGGUGGUCCUACAACUGAUUUACAAC